AUGGCGGAAACCCGAGUCAGAGGCGGUUGGAACAGGCAGACGACACGCAAUGCGAAGCAGGCUCGGAAUAAAAGGGAGCAAGAGGAUGAUGAUAGGAAAAAGGGAGGUCGUGUAAUUUGCUCCGCCGCCGUGCUAUUCCAGGGUGAGAGUGAGGACAAAUUCCGCCGCGUACUACACGCCGCGGAAUGCCACGCGGCGAUCGCGCUAAGCGCGGCCCGCUGCGCAGGUCUUUCCCCAGCCCCGUUUCCCCCGACCCCACUUCUCGCGCCGCUUCUCUCUGCCCACGUCGUCCCCACGCACGUCUUUUACCACUCUCUUUGUCCCCUCCUCCGCCUUUCUAAGGCGGCGAUUUGCCGUCCCCCCAUCCACCCGCCGUCCUGCCAUCCGCCCCGCCGUUCCCCCACCCGCCCCGCGCCGUCCCCCCACCCGCCCCGCGGUUCCCCCACCUGCCCCGCGGCCGUUCCCCUAUCCUCCCCGCCGUUCCCCAGAUCCGCCUCACUAAGACGAGUACCCAUCCGCCGUCCCCCCGUCCGCCCCGUCGUCCCCUAUCCGGCCCGCGGUCCCCCCAUCCGCCCCGCGGUCCCUCCAUCCGCCCCGCCGUUCCCCAUCCGCCCCGCGGUCCCCCAUCCGCCCCGCCGUUCACCCAUCCGCCCCGCCGUUCCCCAGAUCCGCCUCACUAAGACGAGUACCGCCCCGCCGUCCCCCAUCCGCCCCGCGGUCCCCCCAUCCGCCCCGCCGUUCCCCCAUCCGCCCCGCGGUCCCCCAACCCGCCCCCCCGUUCCCCCACCCGCCCCGCCGUUCCCCCAUCCGCCGACCCCGCACCCCGCUCCGUCCCCCAUCCGACUUGCCCCGCCAAUUCGGCGGUCUCCACUCGCUUUACCUAAUCUGCUUCCCCCUUUCCAUCCGCCAUCAUCCAUUUGCCUGCCCCAAUCCGCAUUCAUCCCACCCCCCUUCUCCGAUCCGCGUUCCCCAAAUCCGCCUUCUCCUCAUUCACCUUCCCGUCGUCCAAUUUCCCGCCAUCCGCGGCCCGCUCAUCCGCCGUCCCCCUUCCGCCGUCCCCCGAUCCGCUCGCCCUACAUCCUCCUUCCCCAGAUCCCUUCCUCCCAUCCGCUUAUCCCCCCCCUCCCCUCCCCCCCCCCUCCCGCCCCUUCUUUCCCCCACGCCUGCCUUUCUCCCAUCCCCAUCCGCAUCCGCCUUUCCCCUAUCCCUCCCCCUCAUCUGUAUUCCACACAUCCUCCUACCCCCCAAUUCCCCUUGCCUCUUCCCCACAUCCGCCUUCCCCCUCCCCAUCCGCCGCCGCCCAUCUUCCUGCCCCGAUCAGCCUCUCGCCCGCCAAUCCCCCAUCCGCGUUCCCAAAUCCGCAUUCCCGCCAAUCCCCCAUCCGCGUUCCCCAAAUCCGCAUUCCCGCCAAUCCCCCAUCCGCCGCCCUGGUUCACAGUGCUGGUAACGGCGUGGGUGCUGUGUGGGCUGGCCGUAGCAGCAUGGCUGCUGUGGGACCGGCACUCGCAGUACGAGAGCCGCAGGGAGGAGGCGCUGGGCGUGUGGUGCAAGGAGCGCGCCCUCAUGCUGCAGCAGCUCGUGCUGACCAAUGUGGGGCAGACCCAGACCCUCACAGGCAUCAUAUCAGUGAUGGGCAAGCCGGGGCGGAGGGGCAAGUGGGAGCUGGACAGGUGUUUGAACGGCAGCACGUGGGAGGCUUACCUUACUCGCAUUGCCUAUGCUCGCCCGGGGAACACGGGGGCACUCUCCUGUGUCUUUGUCCCGGACGAGGAGAGGGCCUCUUUUGAACGGCAGUACGGCAGCAUUAGAGACAACACUCUAAACGUCAGUGCCCACCGCCCCAUCUACUGCCCCAAGAUUCUCCAAUUCUCCACAACAGUGGCCAUGAACGGCACGCAGAAUGUUGAUCUCAUGAAGCGGUUUCCCACAGAAGUUCCGCUGGCUGUGGAGGGAAGGCCUUUCUACACGUGGCCAUACCCCCUGGCUAAUUCGUCAACCAAUGCUGGGUUCGGUGUGGCCUUUCCUCUUCGCCGCACUCUCCCACCAAGCCAGUCGCAGCAUGGAGCCGUGUCGAUGGUGUAUGGGACGCUUGCUGCAUCCGUCGACGUGACAUCCAUUGCAAAGAAAGUCGUGCAAGAGUUGUACGCACCUGACCCAUCAAAGUCCUUUGAGCUCUAUGACGUCGCGAACAGAUCGAACCUCUUUGCCAUAGUCUCGCCCGUACCGCUGCACAUCUACGUCCUCCCCACCGAUCCCGCCGCUCGCAUGCUUCCCUCGCCUGCAUCCGAAACCCGCCCCUGGGAAAGGCCGGCUAUGGUGCCUCUGGAGGAGCUGGGGGCUGGCGUGCGCAAGUAUGAGGUUUGGUGCAGACACACACAACCUUCCAGCACGUGGCAAUCGUGGGGCAUCCCCAUCCUCAUCGCCCUCUUCGCCCUCCUCCUCGUGCUGCUCGUGCUGGUAGCCGCUCGGAUCCAGCGAGCCCAGUUCUUCCAGACGCAUCAGCAGAUGGCAGUUGCAGACAAACUGAGGAAGGAAGCAGAGGACGCAGAGGCGUCAAAGAGCAUGUUCGUGGCGUGCAUGUCUCACGAGCUCAGGACGCCGAUGACUGGGAUUAUCGGCAUGAUCGAUGCUUUGGCAGACAUGUCUCUCCAAAGCUCUCAGCUAUCGGACCUCCUCACGGCACGGGGUUGUGCGAUGGAUGCACUGCAUCUGGUCAACCGCGUGUUGGACCUGGCGAAGCUGGAGGCAGGCAAGGCGGUGGUGGAUGAGACGAGCUUCAUGGUGCGCGAGUGGCUUCACGAGGCAAUGGAUUGGCAUAUGGAGGUGGCACGUUUCAAAGGCAUAGAAUUGCACGGCAUUGUGGACGACAACGUUCCGGGCCACAUCGUUGGCGAUCAGAUGCACCUCUCCAAAGUGCUCAAAGAGAUCACAGAUAACGCCGUGAAGUUCACGGAGCAAGGCCGCGUGACAGUGCGGGUGUCCCUGGUGCCUCGAGGGACAAGCUUGCAAGACGCCCUUCGUUGCCAGGGUCUUUUCACAACCGCCGCUCAUGCACCUGCUUCCACUCUCACCGUCUUGGCUGCCUGGUUCUCCUCAUCAUGGCACUGGCUGAAGGAGGCCGUGAGGAGAUUGCCAGCAGCAGCAGCAGCAGCAGCAGCAGCAGCAGCAGCAGCAGCAGCAGCAGCAGCAGCAGCAGCAGCAGCAGCAGCAGCAGCAGCAGCAGCAGCAGCAGCAGCAGCAGCAGCAGCGGCAGCGGCAGCAUCAAGUGCAUCAAGCAGCCCUUCAAGGGAUCGGCCUGCUGUGCUGGUGGUGACGUGCCGGGACUCGGGAUGUGGCCUGCCAGCGUCCCUCCACGGAAUUCACGGCAGCAAGGAGCCUUCGCACUUUUCGCUAGCAGUGAGUUGUUGUUCAUUAGCUCUCUUGUCGCUGGUGGUGUCAUGCCGGGACUCGGGGUGCGGCCUGCCGGCGUCUCUCAUAAGAAUCCACCGCAGCAGGGAAGGGGCGUCGCACUUCUCGCCAGCAGAGUUGCACGAGACAGGGAGUGGAUCAGGGGCAUCACUUGGCCUUGUGCUCAUGCACCAGAUUGUGACUCUAAUGAAGGGGGAGAUUGCCUUUGAUUCCCAGCCUGGCUGCUUGCGGGCGGCGGCGGAUGAGGCGGUGACGCGGGCGUGGGUGGGGGGGCUGCGAGUGCUGGUGGUGGACGACACGCCCGUCAACCUCCUCGUGGCCCGCCGCUCCCUCGCCCGCUGGGGCGCCCAAGUCACCACCGCCUCCCACGGGCAACAAGCAGUGGACUUAAUCGCUGCUGGGGUCAAGGAGAGCAGAAAGCUGGACGACGGGAGAGGGCAGAAGGCCGUUGACCCAAUUGCUGCUGGCGUGGCAGGGAGGAUGGGGGAGGAAGCUGCUGGCUUACUGGCUGCUGGGUUGGUAGAGGGAAGAGGGGAGGAGGGGGAGAGAGGGGCGAUUGGCGAGCUAGUGAGAGCAGGUGCUGGGAGGGCUGGCGAGAUGGUUGAGAGUAGAGGCAAGGGGAUAGCGGCUGGGGAGUUAGUUGGAAGCAGUGCGGAUAGUAGGGAUGGGUGCGGGGCGAGGGGAGUGAGCGAGAGAGGAGCGGAUGAGAGAGGAGGGAGUGGAAGAGGAAGGGGUGGAAGAGGAGAGGAUGAUAGAGCAGGAAGUGCAUCGUUGCAGCAUGGCUUCGACUUGGUUCUCAUGGACCUGCAGAUGCCGGGCAUGGACGGGGGCGACGUCAAGGCCUGGAGGCAUGGCGAGCAGAGAAGGGCUGACUGGGACAGAGGGGAUUCUACAGCAGGGAGGGAGAUGGGAGGGCGCAGGGAGGGGAGCAGCAGCGCCCAGGGAGAUGCACAGGCGGGGAGUGAGCUGCGGAGGGGACUGGGGGGGACGGCUGGUUCGUCUUCUCUGAGCGCCUCUCCCCUAAAAGCCUCCAACGCUGCUGCAAACCCUGAUGCUGCUGCUCCUCCUGGUGACAGCCAGCCCUUGUCUCUGCGGGUGCCCAUAGUGGCUCUGACAGCAGACGUGGAUCGCGGAGUGGUGCAGAGGUGUGCAGAGGGGGGGUUUGACGGUGUGCUGCAGAAGCCAGUGGAUGCCCACCUGCUCGCCGCCCACCUCUCCCACAUACACUUCCAUCGCUCCCUCCACCAGUAG